AUGACUACCCCUCGCCAGCCUAAAUCGGAAUUUUCUAGCAACCUUGGAACUCCUCCGUCAUUCCUCAAGCAGUUACUCAAUGAGAUUGGUGGCGUUAGUACUCCGACAGCUUCGGUCAAUGACAAGAUGUUGCGAAGCAGUUCAAGAGCGGACACCACUGGAGAUGCAGAGAAGCGCGUGCCUUCCAUCUGGGUUGGCGGUGCGUCCGCUGCCAGAGACGCCCGUGAGAAACUUCGAGCAGCCGACGAAGCACGUUCGAAGAAGAGGAACAUAUCCAAGGCUGAAGGCAUACCCCCAAGCUCGAGUUUGCCUCAGCAUGCAAGUUCCCCGUCGAGUCAACCGUCAGUGCCCUCGUCUGGAGAUUACUACACAGUGAGCAACCGUCAUAACGAAACUGGUGGCAUUACGAAAGUCAAGCAAAACACAAUUUUAAGUGACAACUAUAUCUUGAGCGCAGAUGUCUUGCCCUCAUCACAGCCGCGACUCAAUCUACAAAAGUUAAAGAUUCCACUGCCAACAGUACCCAACGAACCUACCCAAUCAAGCUCGCCACUGAUGUCCUGCGGAUCUGACCAGUCGUCAAAUACAUCCUCCAGCGAAGCUCCAACUUCUGCAUUGACUGAGUCCUCCAGCAACGCAGCAACGGCAUGGUCUCAUUUUGAGGGUAGAAGUAAGGCUUCCCGCAAGAGAGGACGUAGUCUUGAUGGCACAGAAGACCAACUGCUUUUGAAAAGGAUGCGUCCCUUGACAUCGCUCCAAACACGAAAUUCGGCGACCACUUCAAACAACGAGCCACAUCUCCCCACUUCUCACAAAAGUUCUCCUGGUAAAUACAAACUUUUGAUUCCCGGACUAAAGUUUACGGAAAGGUCAUUGGCUGGUGCGGUGGUCAGCACACCCAUUGAGCGCCUCACGGAUGACUCGAAUAUUGAAUCCAGCAUCGCCAUCCAGAGUCCAGAGCCUAGCAUAAUACCGCAGCCGACAACCCCUGUGAAGCUCUCGACAUGGAAAUGCACUUCUGCAACUCCAGAGCCCCCAGAAACCCCAAGCUUCGCAAGGACCCUGCACCUUUUUGACACGAGCGUGUCCAUGUACAAGGAUGGCAACGGCGAUGAAUGGAUGCACGACAUCUCUAUUUUUAAAUCCACGCAUGGUGAUGAAUGGGUGCAUAACUCGUUGUGCAAGCAUUGCUUUUCCCGCAGUGGCAAGUUCAGUAGGAUAAUGACGUACGGUUAUGAGACGUGCGGGCGUGAGGAAUGUCUGGAGGAUUAUUACUGGGAGUCUGCGGUUAGUCCGAAUUGCUAG